AUGAACACCCGGCAGCAAAGCAAAAUUAUCUACUCCUGGUAUGGAAAACCCAUGAGCUCAGACAGAAAACUGAGGACUUUCCAGUACAAGGGAAUCAUUAUUAAAUCAGAAAGAAGCAAAACAGAAACCUGUAUACAACUUGGCGAGUUUAUUUUAGUAGAAGGGGAGAAUGCAGAUCAACCUUUUGUGGCACAACUCCUGGAUUUAUAUGAAGAUGGCAUUCAGCAGAAACAUGCAGUCGUGCAGUGGUUCUCUCAUAUUACAGAGAUACCUCAGAAUAAACGGAAACUGCUUAAAAGAGAGGUUUCUCCUCAGGAGGUGUUUUUUGAUCAAGUUCCUGGCUAUGACACUGAUAUAGCCGUGGAGACCAUUAUUAAAAGUGUCAUGGUAAUACCACUGCAUCUGGGGGAGGAACUACCUAUUCCAUUAAACAAGGAACAAACUUUCUAUGUAAAACAGUCUUGGGAUGGGAAAUGCUUUAAGGCUUUGUCCCCUGACAUAUUCUCUAAGCUGAAAGAAGCUAAUAAGAAAGGAGGUGGCAUCCCAAAAUCUUCAAACUCAUUUUUUCCUUUGGAUAUCAUUUCCCCCCUGAAAAAGGAGACAGAGAGAGUUGUUCGGAGUACCACAAAACCCAAAAAUGUUGAGUUGGAAAUAGAAUCGAAACAUUCUGCUUCCAAGUCCUCCCUUGCUAAGGAGAGACAUUCACAGAGAGUGGCUAAUGGCAUCAAAACUCCAGCAGCAAGGAAGAAGUUACAGUUAAACAGUCCCACAAGAUCUCCUAAAGGCAGGAUCCUGGGAUGUGAAGUUUUGGAGCUUUUGGAUGAUGACUGUGAUGCUGUAGCACCGUUAGAACCAUCAGCUACUAAAAGAAAAGUGAAAUUCCCUGGCAUUUUAGGCUCGCCACCAAAAAUACCUUGCGCCAAUGAUAAGUCAAAGUCAAUGUUUGAUACUGCAGACCGAUGGCAGAGAUUUAGUGAUACAAUACGAUUAUCACCCUAUAGUAAGGUCAAAGACUCCAGUGAGAAAGCCAAAAAUCUUAAUAUGAAAGACGACAUUAUAUCUUUAAUUGGACAUCAGGAACUGCAUAGUCAGAGCCUUGUAUUGACCCCUCGCUCCCGUAGAACAUGCGCACAGAAAACAAGCGCUCGCAUUGCAGAGCAAAUCAGCAUAUUAAAUACACUAGAGUCAAACCAGGAAGAGGAUUUCCUCUCUAGCUCAGACAGCUCUUACUCUUCAAGUAGUGAGGAGGAAGAGAAGGAUGAUGUGUUCUGUACCCCAGAAAAGAAAACUAAAUCAAGCAGAAUAUUCAGCACCCCAAAAUCUUCAAGGAAGUCUUCAGUUCACACUCCUGCUAAGACCCUGAAGAAAACUCCUUUACCAGGAACACCAAAGACACCCCGGAACGCAACUCCUGAAAUUCCUAGGCGCAACCAUGAAGCACAGAAACCAGCCAGUAUACUAGAAGAAGCCAGAUUAAGGCUGCAUGUUUCUGCUAUCCCAGAAUCUCUGCCUUGUCGUGAGGAAGAAUUCCAGGAUAUCUAUAACUUUGUGGAAAGCAAACUUAUUGAUGGUACAGGAGGGUGCAUGUAUAUUUCUGGAGUGCCUGGAACAGGUAAAACUGCAACUGUUCACGAAGUAAUUCGCUGUCUUCAGGAAGCUGCAGAAAAUGAUGACCUACCAUCAUUCCAGUUUGUAGAGAUUAAUGGCAUGAAGCUGACUGACCCUCACCAAGCUUACGUGCAGAUACUAGAGUUACUGACAGGUCAGAAGGUGACAGCAACCCAUGCUGCAGCACUGUUGGCAAAACUGUUCAAUACACCUGGACCAAAGAGGAAGACCACAGUGCUGAUAGUGGAUGAGCUUGAUCUUCUGUGGACCCGGAAACAGAAUGUGAUGUACAAUUUAUUUGACUGGCCAACUCAAAAGCACUCCAAGUUAAUCAUCUUGGCCAUUGCUAACACCAUGGACUUGCCAGAGAGAAUAAUGAUGAACAGAGUAGCUAGCAGACUGGGCCUCACCAGAAUGUCCUUUCAGCCCUACACCUACAAACAGUUACAGCAAAUUAUUUCAUCCAGACUGAACAGCAUGAAGGCAUUUGAAGAGGAUGCGAUUCAGCUAGUUUCCAGAAAGGUUGCAGCACUGUCCGGAGAUGCAAGGCGUUGCCUUGAUAUCUGCAGAAGGGCCACUGAGAUCUGUGAGUUUGCUAGCCAAAAGAGAACCCCUGAAAUAGUCAGGAUGGCCCACAUAACAGAAGCCAUAGAUGAAAUGUUUUCAUCACCAUAUAUAAAUGCAAUCAGGAAUGCCUCAUUGCACGAGCAGAUCUUUUUGAAAGCAAUUUUAGCAGAGUUUCGCAGGGCAGGAGUUGAGGAGGCAACAGUUCAACAGGUCUAUCAUCAACACAUAGCGCUGUGUAGAAUUGAAGGCAUGCAGAGUCCUACGGUAUCGGAAAUUAUGGCGAUUUGUUCAAGACUUGGCGCCUGCAGGCUCUUGCUGGUGGAGUCCAGUAAUAAGUAUCUUCACAUGCGGGUGCGACUAAAUAUCAGCCAGGACGAUGUCAUGUACGCAUUCAAGGAUGAAUAAGGCAACAAGAGAUUUUAUUUUUCUGAUAAGUAUAAAUAUUUUAAAUAGUCUAUUUUUAAUUUUUUUAAUUGUUGAUGAAAUGGAAAUAGUGAAAUGUAUUUUUUCUAAAUACUUUGGUUAAAUGUUUGAUGUGUUAAAGCACUUUUUGUAUAAUAAAGAAUUUGCUUCAAAGCAUUUUAAAUA